AGUCCCAAAAGUGCUAAUAGCAGAGCCGUCGAUAGAAGACAUGAUGGAUGAUGAAGAAGAGUUGGACGUGGAACCCAUUGAUGAAGAGGAAACAUCUAACAAAAAAGAGCCAAAGCCGUCGUUUAAAGACUCAACUAAAGGUUCCGAGAAACCUCUAGAGAAAUGUUCGCAAGGACAGCCGAAGAAGUUCCCGGAACUAAAACCUGUGGAGGACGAGCCGGAAGUUACAGCUAGUUUUCCUCUUGCUAAGAAAAAGCCAAAUGAUGAGGAGGAAUUAGAUGUGGAGCCCAUCAAUCAUGAAGCACCUUUAAAAAAGAUGCCAAAACCUUCCUUCAAAGACUCAAAAAAGGCUAACGAAAAGGAGCCUACUUCAAAAGUUCCUGAGAAAGAUAAGGCCACUCCAACGAAUUUGAAAGAUCAACCAAAAAGGUUUCCAAAGUUAAAGCCGAGUGAUGACGAACCAAAAACAACGUCCGCUCUUCCCCUGAACAGAAAGAAACCCAGAGAUGAGGAAGAAUUGGAUGUAGAGCCCAUUGAUGACGAAGUUCCCCAUAAAAAAACGUCAAAACCUUCAUUUAAAGAACCGAAAAAAAUCCCGGGAAAAGAAGUACCAAAGACGAAACCAAGUGAUGAAGAAGAAUUAAAUGUAGAGCCCCUGGAUGACAAAACCCCUUCUAGGAAAGCGCCGAAACCCUCAGUUAAAGACUCUAAAAUGAUACCAGAAAAGCCAGCUCCAAAAGUCAAGCUUCCGGAUGAUGAAGAAGAGUUGGAUGUAGAACCUUCAGAUAAAGAAAUUUCUCCUAAAAAGACCCCAAAACCUUCAUUUAAAGAUUCAAAAAAAGCUCCUGAAAAAGAUGAACCCCUUCCUAAAACACUCGAUAAAAGUAAACCUGCUUCAAAAGCACCGACAGAUCCCAAGAAGUAUCCCAAACUGAAAGAACCUAGCGAGGAACCAGAAGCAAACGCAACACUACCACUCUCGAAGAGGAAACCAACCGAUGAUUCCGAACUCCCAGCAGAACCUAUC